AUGGGUAUCAAACAGUUAUACCAUGUCAUCGCCGAAGAGGCUCCUGAUGCCAUCAAAACUGGUGAAAUCAAGAAUCACUUUGGUCGCAAAGUCGCAAUUGAUGCGUACGGCUUUGCCCAGUCAAUGUCCAUCUACAGUUUCCUCAUUGCCGUCAGAUCGGAAGGCCAGCAACUCAUGUCGGAUACGGGCGAGACCACUUCUCAUUUGAUGGGAAUGUUCUACAGAACGUUGCGCAUUGUGGACAAUGGCAUCAAACCACUCUACGUCUUUGAUGGUGCCCCUCCCAAAUUGAAGUCUGGAGAAUUGGCGAAGCGGUUUGCUCGGAAGAAUGAGGCCAACGAGCAGCACGAGGAGGCAAAAGAGACGGGUACCGCAGAAGAAGUAGAGAAAUUCUCUCGACGCACCGUCAGAGUGACCAGAGAACACAACGAAGAAUGCCGAAGAUUACUCAAGUUGAUGGGUAUCCCAUAUAUCAUCGCCCCCACUGAGGCCGAAGCUCAAUGUGCUGUUCUGGCACGAGCUGGCAAAGUUUAUGCUGCAGCCUCGGAGGAUAUGGAUACCUUGUGUUUCGAUGCGCCCAUCCUGCUCCGCCAUCUGACUUUCAGUGAACAGCGCAAGGAACCCAUCCAGGAAAUUCAUCUGGACAAAACCCUGGCUGGUCUCGACAUGGACAGAAAUCAGUUCAUCGACAUGUGUAUCCUUUUAGGAUGCGACUACGUUGAUCCAAUCCCCAAAGUUGGGCCCAAUACAGCAUUGAAACUCAUCCGAGAACAUGGCUCUUUGGAGAAGGUUGUGGAGUUUAUGGAAAAUGACCCCAAGAAGCGAUAUGCCAUUCCUGAAGAUUGGCCAUACAAGGAUGCCAGAGAACUCUUUCUCAACCCUGAUGUCCGAAGUGCAGAUCAUCCAGAAUGUGACUUCAAAUGGGAAGCACCAGAUGUGGAAGGUCUCGUCCAGUUCCUGGUUACUGAGAAGGGAUUCAGUGAGGACCGAGUACGGAGUGCAGCACAGAGGUUACAGAAGAAUGUCAAGACAGCCCAGCAGUCGAGACUGGAAGGAUUCUUCAAGACGGUGCCCAAGACGGAAGAGGAGAAGAAAGACCUGAAGCGGAAACACGAGGAGAAAUUGGCCGAGGCCAAGAAGAAAAAGAAGGUGGAUGCCAAAACAAAGAAGACGGAAAAGUCCAAAGCUCAUGCUUGA